AUGGAAAGUGGUCGGCUGCGCAUAACUAAAGAAUCUUCCUCUUCCCAAGAUCCAAGAAAGGAUCUGGGGGCUUUUGGAGGAUCUGAUCUGAUGAUGAAGGAGAUCCGAAUAAAAGGAAAAGGCGUCCCAUUAGAAUGGAAAUAUUACAGUCCACUGGAGAUCCAGAUCACCUACUUCAGAGCGAUACCCGGAUUUUUAACCGAGCUAUACGAGAUUGAACAGAGAUAUGGCCAUACUCGCCAAUGGAUGAGGUUGAAUGGCACGAUCCCUUUACUCUACUACUCCACUUAUGAGGAGAAGGUUCCUAGCUUCUUCCUAUUCUAUUAUGAUAGACACGGAACACUUGCCCAAUCUGGACAGGAGCACAACCACUGCCUUAGUGCCGACCUGGCGCAGAGCCCCGUGGGGCGAGACUUCCCGCGUACUACAUCAGUUAUAAGCGAUGUUGAUGAUCACUCAUCAGUUGCAGCUGCUGGAGCUCCUUUCCCGGGACUUCCUCCAAAUCUCUCGACCUUUGACCAACUGUCGUUUAGCAGGCGAAGUAAGGACAAAAGUGGGCAGUUUCUCAUAAGUUCUGGUUCUUUGGAAGGAUUGGUCAACCAGUUCCUAAUUCUGGGCUGCGAAGGCAAAGAUAGGGACUAUAGUAGCCAAAGAGUCAGAGGCCUACGAGUGCCGGUAUCACCGGUGCCUUGCCACUUGGCAUCUGAAAGAAUGGCCCUUAGGAAUGCUCUUGCCCAAGUCAGCUCAUUAGCUCCGGGAGUCGUAUUUCCGUCGGCCACUUUUACGAUCUCGAAGUGGUGGAAACUCCCAAGAAGGGCGGUGCCGAUAGAGCAGCUAACCCAGCGGAAGGGUCGGGCUUUCAUGCCCGAGAAGGGCCCUUAUGAUCGGCGAAAGCGACAAAAGGGCAACUACUUAUUUCGAGAGAACUCCUUACUGGAAGAUUUGAUCUUCCCUAAAGGGCCCGGCUUUUUGGACCGAUCUAUCGACUACUUUUGUCGCGCUUUCCGCUCAGAACUCACCGCUCCUUCCUUUAGCAGGACAAUCGCCGCUACUCUCACAGCUAUACUACUACUCCCGAUGUUAACUCUACCGAUCCACCGCUUGAACCUCUGCCCUUCUCUUUUAGAACUCCUGUAG